AUGGAGACAGAGCAUGUAACAUCUCCCGCCUGCAUAUGCCUAUCCACAACUGAACUUAAACAUGGCCAGAUUCCACCGCAAGAGACAGGCUGCUCAACCUGUAACCUGCGAUCUGCCAAAUCUCAUAUCGACGACCACAGUGGAAAUGGCACUGUCUGUGAAUAUAUUGAGGGAGACAUGUUUCCAGCAUUGGCUGCAAGUAUCUGCAUUAUGGGGCCUGAA